AUGUCUCCAUCACUUGGUAAAAGUGCUCGACUCCCGUCGUGCUGGAUGCUUUAUCUUCGCUGCCUCGUCGUCACGUUGGCGCCGUCGAUCCACGCUGCGUCCUUCGUGCGCAAGGGUGACGAAAUCUUGGUCAGCCAUACAGCGUCAUUGGCCACCGUGGAUGCAUCAACGGGUGCGUCGUCGAUUUUGCAGUUGCUGCCGGCUUCUCCAGCGUUUACAGCAGGCCAGCAGUCGCGAGCUGUUGCCGUGAGUCGCGACGUCAUGAACACGUUGCAAACGGUCCGAGGAGGCUCACCCACGUUUUACCAAAACUUGUACGCGGCGCUACAAGUGUGCUACUGCGAUCACUUGAAUAGUCAGUAUCCGCACAUGCCAUCGGACGAGCUCAACGCAGUGUGGCCGGCUCAGAUGCCGCCCGGCGCGGUUGUCCCUCCCUACGUUCGCCUCGUGCACCACUCGCAUCCGAACGCAUUGAAAGAUCGCACCACGGGCGCUUGCAUUCCGUCAGCGAAUCCGUCCCCGAGCAUUGCCGCCCAGUACGCCAACGGGUACUGCGAAGUCACGGCCAAUUGCUACUGGAACGACGUCGUCAAUAGUACCGCCACGACUGACAGAGCCCCAACGUAUUCAAUCUUGCAAUCGACUCUGCCAACGACAACACUACCAUCGUUAAUUGACGCAAAGGAAACGAUGACGUCAUGGGCAAAGAGCGUCGCGGUGUGCGUCGCACCCGCCAUUGUCCUGGGAAUUGUCAGUCUCGUCACGACCUUGCUCUUCCUAAGUUGCCGCUGUUGUUUUAACAAGUGCGGAGGCCGCAGCGCGAGGCCGGAGGGGUACUCGUGCCUCCAAAGGGCCAUCCCUAUCGUGGUGUUUGCCGUCUUUGGUGCGGCUAUCCUUGGCCUGACACUCUGCGCGCUGCUGUACAACACAGUGAUCGUUGACAGCGUCGACCAACUUUUUGAGAACCUAUUGGAUCUUGUUCAAGACGUCGUGCGGUGGAUUCAAAUGGCAGAGGUACCCCUCGUCCACGUGCGAGAUAGCGUCGAGAGCGCUGUCGAAUCCAUUUCGACGCAACUCGUCACAUCCGACUUCAUUGAGAAUGGCCUGAACGGCAUUGUCGCGCACCUCCAGCAGUUUGCGAACGAGACGUCCGGCGUGGUGCUUCCCCAUGGUUGCACGCUUGGUGUGGACACAAUUUGCAUCGCAUGCGACGUGUGCACUGCUGUGAAUUCUCUCGCUGCUAGCGCAACGAGCCAAAUGGAAGCCGUCGCUGCCAAUGGGAUCGUUCAGCUGCAAUCGACGCGGAGCACGAUCGUAAGCACGCUCGUGGGCACAAAGGACUCGAUCAAGAGCGCUGUCAACGCAGGUGUCGAUGUCGUGCAUGGUUUCGUCCCUCUAUUUGUCGACGCCAACUCGACCAUUCGAAGCACGCAAGCGACGUGGCUAGACCAAACGGUGGUUCGACGUGGCGCGAUCCUCGGGUUGUUUGCCGUCGCCAUCGCGAUUCUCGCGCUGGGAACAGUCGGGAUUGUGUUGGGGCUGACACCGCUGCGGUGCCUUGCAAUCGAACUUCAUCUCGCGUAUGUACUGGGAUUUGUGGCGCUGCUAUUCUUGUGCAUUGUGUCGGCCGUGUUCCUCGCGUUCAGUGUGCUCCUUGGCGACAUGUGCCAGCUCACGUCGAUCGCUGCAACGGACUGGUCGCCCGUCUUUGGUGCGAGCGGAGGCAACGCGCUCAACGCGUGCUUCCACAACGAAUCGUUCCUGCACGCGCUGCAUCUGGACGACGCGCUGUCGUUUGCCGACGUCAUUGAGAUUCCUACCAUCGAUCUGACGAGUAUGCUCGCCUUCGACGCGCUCGACCAGUUCGCCCGAGCGAUUCUAUCCGCGGACACUUCGACGUUUGACGUGAAUCCAUCUCAAAUCGUCCAAUUGCUAAAUGUAUACACGUCCGAGACUCUCCUCGCUCCCAAUUUUCAGCAGUUGAGCCCCGAAUGCAACCCCCACGACGGCGAGUACACGAUCGCAACCAUCCUGACCCCGUGGGUCGCCAAUGGGGAAGCAUUGCAUGCCCACAACGUGUCGUCGGCCGCCGCGUACAUCGCAUCACGCUACGCCCCGUACCGAAGCGCAUGCGCGUCAACCGUCACGACCACUUGUGCCCGCAGCGCCCCGUGCGCGUACGACGAGUUUGUCACGGAGCUGUACACCAACACGAGCACCGUCGUGUCGAUUUCAACCGACGCCGACGCGUUCGUGGCCAAGAUGCAUCAAAGCAUGACGCGCCUGCAAAACUACACGGGCGCUUUCAAGACCAAUGUGACAACACUCGUGGCCAGCUUGGACAACGUCGGGGACACGCUCCAAUCGUCACUCGUCCAAGACGUGACCGCGUUUAAGGCGUCGAUGAAUUGCACCUUUGUCGCGACGAACUAUGCCAACUUGCACGACGCUCUGUGUGAUGAGCUCACGCCCGCGAUGCUCAUGGUGGCGCUGUGUCUCUUCCUAUCUGGCUGCUGCUUGAUCCCCGUCAACGUGUGCCUCAUUUUGCUUGUCAAGCGGCUGCGCGCGCGGUCGCUGUCGUCCACGGAAAAGAUUGCGUGCUAAAGGUCUCGUACGCGACCGAUGAAGUGCCACCCACGACGCCAACUUUCAAGUGUAGCUACCUCACCACUCGUAUCCUGAACGACGGCA